AUGGCCCAUUUCGCUAGGUGGAAGGCCACCCAAGCAAACAGGAGCAUGGUGACAUAUGACAAUGCCAGAGCUCCCUGUGAGAGGAAGAAGGAGAACUGGAGAAGAGAGGAUUUGCCUGAAGACCAGCAUUCGUCUUUAGGACAAGAGCUGCAGAAGGGAGAAGGUGCCCAGGGUGUUCAAGACAGAAACAAGGAGACAGCAGAAGACAAGAUUACCGAGAAAGACUCUCCAUUCAGCAAAUCAGAACCACACAAAGGUUCAAAGGGUCUGAAGGUGUUGCUGCUUUUAGGACAGGAAGCCUGUCAGUCGUGGGAGUCAGAAACAGCUGGGAUGUUCAGCAAUCCUCUCCCCUGCUUCCUUGGAACAGAUUGGAAGCUGCCGAUCCCCUUGGAACCUGUCUAUCCACCACUAAUCUCCUCGAGUAUAAGUGCCACCAAAGCUGGGGGACGAAGCUGGGACUUGUCUCCACGAAUAGCAAAGACCUUCCGAAUCCAUGAUGUGCCUGUGUCCUGUCUACCACAGCAGGGCCCUUUCCGACAAUACAUGGACAAGACGGUGGAGAAGAGAUUGGCCAGCUGGAAGGAGCGCCGCAGCCGCUUUGGAGACGUUAAUGUUCACAAAUGCUAUCAGUUUGGGCAGAUCUUCUCCCCUUUCCAGGCCCUCGCGACAACUGCAGCUGCUGCUUAUCCACCCAUUGACUGGCCAACAUUCCCUAAACAUGAGCAUGUGCACAGCAAAGUGCUAAGCACCGUGAAGUCAGGUACUUUGAAGAGGAGGCAACAGAAGCCCAACAAAGCAAUGAAGCACAGCUACAAAGUGACAGAACCAACACCUAUGCCCUAUGCGCUCUGCUAA